CCUGCCUGUAUGACGUCUCCGGAGGACGCUCGACAGCACUCCGAUUCCACAGCGCUCAUACAGUUGACCAGCACACAGCAGGUUGUUACAUCUGAGAGAACAGCAUAAUGUCAAAAGAAGUUGACAGAAAACAGGUGUUUCAAACGACCAGGGUGCGGACUUCACUGAAGAACGAUCUCAGCUGGAUCCAAAAAUCUAAACGGCCACAGGAAGAGCAGGAAAAAGCAAGAACUGAAGAGGCUGUGGUAGAGACCAAACCCAGUCCAGUCAGGCAGAGCUCCUAUGUCCUGUCUGCAGUCAGGAAGUUUGAGCCCGAAGCACCUGCUGAGCAAACUAUCCAAAAUGGUGGACCAGAAAUAUCUAUUGCCAACACAAUUGCAGAAAACAAGGGAGCAAAUGCCGAUGCAUCAGUUGACAAGAUAAAUGGAGAACACAUAGAGGUGGCUGCUGAGGUCUGUGCAGAUGUUCUUGUAGAAGAAUGCAUUCACAAUGGAGAGGCACAACCAGUGUCUUCUGCAGAAGAUGCAGCUGAGCAACAAAUAGCAGAUGUAUCAGGUGACCAGAAAAAUGGAGAACACACAGAGGUAGCUUCUGAAGUUUUAGUAGAAGAAUGCCUCCAAAAUAGUGAGGCACAACCAGUUUCUUCUGCAGAAGAUAAAGCUAAGCUACAAGUUGCAAACUCAGUUGCAAUAUUAAAGGAAGAGGUUGCUGAUACAACCGUUGAAGAAGCUAAGAUCUCUGCAGAUACUACAGUGGAAGAUCAUGUUGUCCAUGUUGCACUUCCAGUCGAAGUCAAAACUCAAGAAAAACCUGCGCCUGAACCAGAGUCAACAAAUGCAACACUUGUGGAGGAUGGAGCAGUUGAACCAACAGUUCAAUCUACAGAGGAGAGUCACCCUCCAGAACAGGCUGCAGAAGAAAUUAUUAAAUCUGUAGUUGAGGUCUCAGUGGAGUCAUCAUCUGACAAGACUGAUGUGACUGAUGCCAAGCCAGGAGAGGAUAGCGCUCUCCAAGAAAGUGUUGAAAAAGUUGCAGAGUUAUUGGCAGAAUCUGAGUCUGAGUCGCCCACUCAAGCUGUUACAGAGGAGAGCUGUGAGAAAGAUGUUGCAGAAGAAACUGUUGAAGCCACAGCCGCUGUGGAGUCGUCUCUUAAGACUCCUGAUGUGACUGAAACGGAAAAAGAAGAAGCCGCCCCCCGCAGCCACGAGGAACCAGUCCCAGUCCCUGACUUAGUUGCAGAUACUGUAUCUGUAUCCCCUACUGAAGUUGCUGCUAAACCUGAAAUGAAGUCUGUGGGGCGUGAAGAGUCUGCGGCCUCAGCAGAGCCACUUUUAAAGACAACAGUUGAAGAGGUAGUUGAAUGUGAAAUCCAGCCUGUUGUCGAGCAAAGUGUUGAACCAGCUCCUGAGAGUGCUGCAGAUCCUGGGGUGGAUGCUGCUGAAGCAGUAACAGCCUCAGAUGCUGAAGCUGCUCAGGAUACAUUCACCUACAGGGUCAUUGAACUGACAGAUGCAUUAGAUGUGGAGACGGCCACUGAUGAAGUAGCUCCUGAACCUGCGACGGACCUGAAAGAAAUCCACACAGAGGAGACAAAAGUGAUCCAAGACCCUGAUGUUAUAAAUGGCUCUGAAGUGAUGCAAAAGCCUGUGGAGGAGCAACAACCAACAUACACUCUGAAGGAAACCAGCAAUGGAAUACCUUUUUGUUCGUUCUGCGACAAAAUAAUUGAUGGAAACACAAAGAUCAGCUUCAGUGAACCUCUGGUGAGGUGCCACCCUGACUGCCUCAAGUGUGGUGUGUGUGCUAAGGCCCUGGGAGAUUUGCUGACCCCCAUGUUUUUGCAUAACCAAGUGAUCCAAUGUGAUGGCUGCUUUGCAAAAGCUCUCAAGACCUAAAGCCUAACUGGGACAAAUAUGUCAUCAGAGAAGACCCAGAGCGUUCUGUGAUUAAUGUGUUGUUUGGAGUGAGAAACUCACCACUGCUGCCUUAUCUGUGCAUUUCCACACUGGGUUAUUUUUAAGGACAUGGUGCAUUGUCAGGGGAAGGGAUUCUGUUUGGAUUGAAACACUUUCAUAUGAUUUUUUUUAUUGCAACAUUGCAUACUGGUUUAAAUAAAAUGACAGAUUACUGCUUGA